AUGGCUCUAAUGCCUUUUGAUCAGUCUGGAUUACAGUAAGAAAGCUAGUUUACUUUAACUGAGGACACUUCCCAUCUUAGCCUUAAAGAUCUCUUCCAGAUUACCACUUAUUCUCUCAAUGUUUCAAGCUUCUUUCGCAGGGGCUUUUAAGCAUUUUUUCCGUUUUACAACUUGACCUGGUCUUGCAAGAUUACGUCAAGAUCUUAGUACUGACAUAUCCAAGCCAAAAUAUAUUUUACAAGCCUUGUUUCGCUCCUAAUAUGAUAAAGCGCGAUAUUAUAUGUAUACAGUGUCUGUUGGGAUUUAAAAAGCAAAAAAGCCUUAUAUGCGGACAUGGUUCAUUUUAUAAUAGUUCCGAAACUUUAUUUUAGAAAUGAAAGUGCACUUGGUCUGAUCCCAAUGCUCUUUCUCAUCGUAUUUUUGGCCUCCUCAACAACUGCACGACAAGAUGGCAAGUGAAUUUGAAAGUUAUUUUACUUGUAUUGGGAUCAGUAGAAGGUAAAAAAAUAAAAAUUUUAGUCCCUACAGACAACGAUGACGAUUUCAAUCCUCCUGCUCAUUACCGGCUGGAAAGGCAUUUAAUGAAGCAUUACAAUGAUCGAAUAUUGCCGAGGAAAACAUCCACGGAUACAGUUGAAGUCCUCUUUCAAAUUGCUUUGUACCAAAUUGUGGAAGUGGUAAGGUAGAAGGAAUACUGUAAAAUACUUUUAUAUUGUUUUAGAAUGAACCCCAACAGUAUAUAAUUCUAAAUUCAUGGAUCAUCGAGGUAAGUCGCCAAACUAUUUGUUUGAAAUAUAACGUGGGUUCAGAGCUGGGAAGAUGAUUUUCUUUACUGGGACCCAUCAAGAUUCGAAAACAUAACAAACAUUGUAUUACCAGUCAGUUCCUUGUGGAUUCCAGAUACUACUCUUUAUAAUUCGUGAGUCAUACACAGCAAAGAUUAAUGAUUAUUCCAAUUAUCAAUUCAAGGCUAACAAUGAGCGACAGCGAGAGCAGAAGACUCACCAACAUCAAGGUAUCUACACGGCCAGAGAGGAGGACUGCUCAAAUUGAAUUCUUAUACCCAGCUCUCUACAAGUUCAGUUGCACUCUGGAUCUGAAACUAUUCCCAUUCGACGCUCAAGUACGUCACAUUUGAUCUUAUAAAUAACUGUAUUCCAUUCUGAGGUCAAUCAAAAUAUGCUCAUUGUUCUUGGGCAAUUAAAUCCCUUGUGAAACUUUGGCAUUUAAUGUAGAUCACUCCAUUUAGACAUGCAUUAUGACAUUUGGAAGUUGGACGCAUGACAAUCAAGGAAUCGAUUACUAUCCCAACAACAGCACUGAUGGAGCAAUUGCCGUCGAUAACUGUAUCGAAAAUGAGGGAUGGAACAUCAUUCAGACCUCGGUCCAUCGAAUUGUAAAGAAGUACAAAUGCUGUGCCAACAACUAUACUCUUCUCGAAUUCGAGAUGGUCAUUCAAAGGAAGCCGUUGUAUUACAUAACCAAUUUGAUGAUCCCCACAGCCAUCAUCACUUUCAUCGCCAUCAUUGGCUUCUUCAGCUCAGCUACUGUGAAUCAAAUCAGAGAAGAGAAGAUUACUUUGGGGAUAACUACGGUAGGUUUUGCGGUUCUUUUCCACUUAUGUUUUUGAAAACAUCCGGUGCAAAUUAUUCUGUCAGAUGCAGUGAUAGCCGAUAUUUGCAUGGGUUGGAAAUAUUUAUUUAGUUUACUAAAUUUUCCCAUAAUUUAUUUAGCUCCUCUCAAUGUCCAUUUUGAUCUUCAUGGUGUCCGAUCAAAUGCCUUCUACUUCAUCAUUCGUCCCUUUGAUAGGUAAGGGAACUUACAAAUCUAUCUAUAGUUCUGACGGUUUGACUGACUAAAAGUUUAAGCCAUCACUUUAUAGGCUGGUUUUACACCUCGAUGAUGUUUUUAAUCUCGCUUGGAACAUGGGCAUCUGCCGUCGUCAUUUCGAUCCAGAAAAAGGGGACUUUGGGCAAGAGACCGGAUCCCGACACAAUGAAAUGGGCCAAGAAAAUAGGGACAUUACUUCUAAUUGAAGUCCCACUCAUGAUGCGACAAGCAUAUGCCAUCAAAGAGACGGUAAAUUAGAAAAGAAAACAAUGAUAGAUAAGUUUAAGCAAGACAAAUACAAAUUCCGAGGGAAUAUUUGGAUGAGAUCGUGGCAAAAAAUUUCGAAUAGUAUUGGAAGCACAGCAACAACAUCAGCCGCGAGUACAGCGUUGAUUCCGCCACUCACCGAAAGCGCGUCAGCCAUGUCCGGGCUAAAUAGGGUAGCUGUUUACAAGAAGUUGAGUUCUCAGGAUCAAAUGGGAGUCGAUGCGAUGAUAUUGCAAGGUAAUUUCAAUCAUAAAGCAAUGGGAGAUGAGGAAUAACGUACCGACAAUGAAACAGAAAUUUCAGAAGACCCCGAAGAUGACUUCAAUUCACCUUAUGGGAGUACGAAUAAUCCAGAGUUCAAUAAGAUCAAUGAAUCCCAUCAGUUUUUGCCCUCCGGCAUUAAACCUAAACGAAAAAGCCGGAUCGAAAAGAUGGCUUCAAAGGAAGAGGAAAGUGAGUGGUAAAAGACGACAAACUAAGGCUGCACUUCGGUAGGCCGUUCUGUAGGAUUUCAGUCUACCCUAAAGCUUACAAUUAGGCUGAGCCUCAGUUUAGUCUCAGGCUGACUAGGCUGGGUCUCCCUUACCGAACGCAAGGAAGACCUUGUACGACCGUUGCCCAAGCAGUCGUAAAACGUAGCCCAAAAACGGGACGGUUUAGGGAAACCCAAAUUACUUGAAAUCAGUCAUUGCAAUCAUCAAAAUCUAUCUUAAUUUGAACCACUUGCAGACUUCCUUAGCCAACCAAAUCAUCGGACUCUGGCCGAAAUCGAGUACGAUUGGAUGGCCGAAGUAAUGGAAAGAGUAUUCCUAAUCGUGUUUAUGAUCUUAUUCUUCAUCUGCGCUGUUGGUAUCCCCGUGUUUGGCCUCUAUCAUUGGCUUGUAACUAGACAUUUCGAUAAUGUAAAUGAAUAA